UUUAAUUCUGGCAAAUUAAAAUAAAAUCUAAGCACGAUUAUGAAGAACCGUGGGGUUUGUUGUGGGACGCCCUGCAGUCCCCCGCGUGUCCUGCUGGAGGCGUUGUUGACCGCGAAGUGCAGCACGGACGCCAUCUUGAGGAGACCCUGAACGCAGCGCUGGUUGGAGGCGACUGAGGCUGACAACAAGCUCCGGCGCAUCAUGAGGGGAUUACUCACUUCUAAGUAAGACGGCACAACUCCAGGUUUGGACCGGAGGCUUUAAAGAGGAAAGAGGAGGAGCUGCCCGGCGACUGUUCACCGGUCCAGUUUUUUUUUUUUUUUUUUUUUUUUUCUUUGGUAAAGGAGGAGGCUGCUCUGCUCUCCAUGGCCGGCUAGCUGCUCCCUGGACUCCGCCGCGGCCUGCUCGGGAGGAGGAAGGGUGGUGACGGCGCAAAAUGCUCUACCGCUGACUCCCAGCGAGACAGUCACCCUGCCCAGAGACUCGCUGCGAGUUGGACGACGACCACGAUGCACUUAUAGACUUUUUAAACCCUCUUAACUUUGCGAUUUUUGUUGUUGUUGUUGUUGUUGUUGCUGCCGCUGCUGCUGCGUGAACGACAGCGGAGCGCCGUGUCCUGCGUCCCCCGAGUCCCCGGCCGGAGACAUGUCAUCCAACUGCACCAGCGCAGCGCCCGUCAGCGCCAGCAAAACCAAGACGAAAAAGAAGCAUUUUAUAGGACAGAAAGUGAAACUGUUCCGUGCAAGCGAGCCCAUCCUCAGCGUUUUAAUGUGGGGUGUCAACCACACGAUUAACGAGUUAAGUAAUGUGCCUGUACCAGUUAUGCUGAUGCCAGAUGACUUUAAAGCCUACAGUAAGAUCAAAGUGGACAACCACCUAUUUAACAAAGAAAACCUGCCUAGUCGCUUUAAGUUCAAAGAGUACUGUCCCAUGGUGUUCAGAAACCUGAGGGAGAGGUUCUGCAUUGACGACCAGGACUACCAGAACUCUCUGACCAGGAGCGCCCCGCUCAACAGCGACUCCCAGGGCCGCUUUGGCAACCGCUUCCUGUCCAGCUACGACCACCGCUUUGUAAUCAAAACUGUGUCCAGUGAGGACAUCGCAGAGAUGCAUAACAUCCUAAAGAAAUAUCACCAGUUCAUCGUGGAGUGUCAUGGCAACACGCUGCUGCCUCAGUUCCUGGGCAUGUACAGGCUGACGGUGGACGGGGUGGAGACGUACAUGGUGGUGACCCGGAAUGUAUUCAGCCAUCGUCUCACUGUACACCGCAAAUACGACCUGAAGGGCUCUACGGUCUCCAGGGAAGCCAGCGACAAGGAGAAGGCUAAAGAACUCCCCACUUUUAAAGACAAUGACUUCCUGAAUGAAGGCCAGAAGCUGCAAAUAGGAGACGACAACAAGAAGUACUUUUUGGAGAAGCUAAAACGGGAUGUGGAAUUUCUGGCCACCCUGAAGAUCAUGGACUACAGCCUCCUGGUGGGCAUCCAUGACGUGGAGCGGGCAGAGCAGGAGGAGAUGGACGUGGAGGGAGCGGGAGACGAGGAGGAGUACGAGAACGACGGGAUGGGAGGAGGCGUGCUCACCGGCUCCUUCGGCACGCCCCCCGACAGCCCCGGGAACCCCCUGAACUGUGGAGGAUUCUUCGGCCCCGGGGAGUUCGACCCCUCUGUGGACGUUUACGCAAUCAAGAGCCACGACAGUGCUGUGAAGAAGGAGGUAUACUUCAUGGCUAUCAUCGACAUCCUCACGCACUAUGAUGCUAAGAAAAAAGCUGCACAUGCUGCCAAAACUGUGAAACACGGGGCGGGGGCCGAGAUCUCGACAGUGAACCCGGAGCAAUACUCCAAACGAUUCUACGAGUUCAUGUCCAACAUCUUGUCAUAGACUCACCUCCCAGUCCGGCCGCUCACCUCCCGUCAUAGAUCUGUCAAAAACAAAACAAAAAAAAACAACAAAACACAAACACACACUUAUUUCUCUUCUCCCUCACCUGAGUGUAGGUGCACUUCCCACCAGCCUCUUUCUCUCUGUCCCUGCUUAAAAGCAACAAAACAAACCUUCCAGGGUCCUCCCACAGGCAGCAGAAGUCUGGCAGGAAGGAUGCAUCCAGCCUGUUACACUGUCCCCACGCCACCUCCUCCUCAAACUCGUGAAACCGCUCACUGAAUUUGGAUCCUGAUAAUCUCCCUGCUCUUUAUUAUUAUUAUUAUUUUUUUUUUUUUUUAACGUGUAUCUGGUCCUCAGUCCUCCUCAGACACCUUGUUGCUCCUCACGCCAGCACGGAAACUGUCUCACUAAUGCCUUGAAUGAGUGUGUCAGCUUCAGCAGUUAACAGUCCGUUAGUAGAGUCUCUUCUGUUCCUGUUGUUGUCGUUCUUAUGAUUUCUGCUAGACACACAGACGUAAACACGGAUGCAGAGUGGUCAGGUUGCAUGACGAACUCUCCGGCAGCCGCCAUCAGGCUUCACCCUCAGUAACUAAAAAGAUUUAAAAACGUAACCGCUGACAAAUUGGUAUGACGGGAUAGACACAUUAAUAUAUAAUGGUGUAUUAAGUAAACGAAUGCAAUAUCAAAAAUGCAUGGCUGACGUGUACAUGAGACUCCACCAGUUGAAACAUCCCAACCACUGGACUUAGCAUCUGAGUGUUAUGAUGAAAACAAACAAAAAACAAACAAAAAAAACGGUGUUUGAAUGUUAUGUUGCCAUAUUGUUUUUGAAUAUUUUUGAAAUUUUAACCGUGAGCUUGGUGGAGGUCGGUCUAAGAAAAAAAAAAAACUACUCACAUUAAAAAGGGGAAUUCUGCAGCAAAUACUUGUUUUAUUACCAUAAGGAUCAUUUUUAUAUCUUGUUUACAUUAAUGUAGCAAUUUUGUGUUUGUAUACAGUAUUGUUUUGUUACCAACAGACAUUAGGAAAAAAGGUUACUUGAAAAUGAUUCAUUGCAUAUUAAAGGGAGUUUUAUCUUGU